AUGCACUUCUCAACAUCAAUUCUUAUCUUCACCUCCACCGUCGCAGGUUUAGGCAUUAACUGUCGUGGCAGCGGCUUCUGUGACCUCACCUUCGGCUCUAGCAUUGGAGAUAUCCAGGACCAGAUCGGCAUCCUCGUUGCCGAUGGUCAAGGCGACAGACACUUUGACACCGGAGCUCAGAUUGCUUGUACCCAAGGCAACCAGGGCAGUAUCUGUGCUUUCUACCAGAGUGGUGCAUCUGGGUUAGCGAGAGACGCAUUUGGUCACAUCCAGCAGAUCAUCGACCACGGGUGUUCACUUUGCGGCAGUGUUCCGACACAGGAAGGAAACAAUGUGGACGAUGGGCAGCUGACAGUCAACUAUGUUAGCGACCCAUGCUGUGAGGGGAAUUGCCAUUGUUAG